CAUAAGUUGGGCCACGGUGAUGGAAGACGGGAACGGCAUUUGCAUCAAAAGAACUGAAAGCUGCAGAGCAAAUAUUUGCUCACUGGAAAGCUGGGAUCAAACAUCAUCUCCAGAGUUGAAAUUGUGAACGAGUCUGGACCUUUUGGUUGAUGAAGUAGUUCUCCUGUGAAAACCGAGUGAAGAGCAAAAUGUCUUCUAUUGUUUUUAUCCUGAUUUUGACAACCAUCGCCUUUGCGGGUCAUGUUCACAGCCAAAGAAUAUAUACCACCAAAAACAUUGUAGCAGUGGGCAGCAAUGUGACAAUUUUCAGUGAUACACCUAUCACAUUGGGGAUAUGGCUAUUCAACAAUGAUAUCCUUGCACUCAUUUACCCAGGAGGUCAAGCCAUAAGUAAUGCAUACAAGGACAAGGUAACAUAUGACCCAGCUAUGUCAGCUCUGACUAUAAGAUCAGCUCCAUUGAAUUACUCUGGAGUGUACAAAUUAAAUCAAAUAAAUGUGUUUACUGCUGACGUGACCAUCACAGUCGAAGAGCCUAUUACAAAUGCGACUGUGUCGGCUCAGAGAAAACACCUGGUAGAGUUUAAUGACACAGCAGUCCUCACGUGCUCUGUGGCCACCGGUUCUCCUCUGUUGUAUACAUGGUUGGAUGGGAACUCUACAGUCAUUGAUGGUGGAAAUGCACAGUUCAGCAAUAAAAAUGCCAUUCUUACCAUCCCAAUGGUGACUCGCUAUAAUCAGGGCCCUUACAGGUGCAAUGUGUCCAAUGACAUUGGGUAUGAAGUUAGCCCACCUCUGCAGUUGAGCAUCAGUUAUGGUCCAGAAAACACCAURAUGACGAUCAUGCCUGAAAGGAACAUCUACAUAACAGGAUCUAACAUCUCACUGUCGUGCUCAGCGGUGUCCAGCCCUUCAGCGACGAUCCAGUGGAUGUUUAAUGAUAUGUACCUGAACCAGCAUGGACCACAGCUCAACUUAGAGAACACCAAUGAAAGCCACUCGGGAAUUUACAAGUGUUUAAGUUUCAACGCAGUCACCCUGAGGUACAACAGUGCGAGCAGCAUGAUUCAAAUUAUGGAUCCUAUCACAGGUGUUGUUGUGAAACAGACUGCUGGCCCAGCGAUACUUCAUGAGCUGUUCAGUUUGACUUGUGAUGUAACUGGACCUGUUGACAACAUUUUGUGGUGGAAGGAUGAUCAACUCAUUUCUGCUGACAACUCAAAAGUCUUUGACAUGACCAAYAAAACGCUCACUCUCAGUCCAACCCAGAUUUCUGAUUACGGAUAUUAUAUGUGCAAGGCUUUUAAUUUUGUGAGCGAUUUGAUCAGCAGCCCCUAUGAGGUUCUUAUUAACUAUGGACCAAAUGUGCCAAUCAUUGUGGGACCAAAGGCAGUGCUGAGAGAAAACAGUGCCACACUCAGUUGUUCAGCAGAUUCAGUCCCUCCAAGUGUCUUCAGUUGGCAUGUCAAUGGUUCUUUGGUUUCCAAUAUGUCUGAGUAUAUCACCCCUCCUUUAUACAAAGACAUGGACUUGACAUACAUCUGCAUGGCCUUCAACAACAUCACUGGCAAAAGCAGCACUGCUUCCAUUACGCUUAUAGUUAUUGAUCCAAUUGAAAAUGUACAAGUAGAGCCUCAAAUGAAUUCUUCCAUUGAAGGUGAUCCAUAUGAGUUAACAUGCAACAUAACAGGACCUGUUGAUUUUAUUUACUGGAUGAAAAACGGUGAACCACUUCAGACAGACAACGGGACUAUUUUCAGCAUGGAUAAUAAGACAAUCAUGUUCAUACCAGUGGACCGCUCAGAUGCUGGAAACUACCAGUGCGAGGCUAUUAAUGCUGUUGAUAACAUGACCAGCGCUCCUUAUAAUCUGCUUGUUAACUAUGGACCAGAUAUGGCAACUAUCAUGGGACCCCAGCUGGCAAAGAUAGGAGACUCUGUCACACUCAGAUGCUAUGCAGCAUCCAUCCCCUCAAGCCAGUACGAGUGGUAUUUGAAUGGUUCUCUGAUUUCCAAUGUGUCUGAGUGUAUCACCCCUCCUUUAAACAAAGACAUAAGCUGGGAGUUUAUGUGCGUGGCUUUCAACGACAUCACCGGCAAAAGAAGCACGGCCUCCACGGUGCUUACAGUUAUUGAUCCAAUUGAAAAUGUGCAAAUAAAGGCUCCAAYGAGUCCUUCCAUUGAUGGUGGUUCAUAUUGGUUAACAUGCAAUGCAACAGGACCUAUUGAUUUUAUUCACUGGAUGAAAAACGGUGAACCACUUCAGGCAGACCACAGGACUAUUUUCAGCAUGGAUAAUAAGACAAUCAGUUUCACGCCAGUAGACCGAUCAGAUGCUGGCGCCUACCAAUGCAAGGCUAUGAAUGCAGUUGAAAACGUGACCAGUGCUCCUUMCAAUCUGCUUGUUAACUUUGGACCAGAUACACCCAUCAUUUCUGGGCCAGCUUAUGGUGAAACAAGAAAUAAUGUUGUAUUGAUCUGCRAUGCCAUGUCAGUGCCUCCCAGUUCUUUCAGCUGGUGGUUCAAUGGAACCAAGAUAGCCAAUACUUCAGURCUAAAUGUCGGACCUUUGUCUCUAAACAUGAGUGGGAAAUACACUUGCAUGGCUUACAAUAAUGUGACGGGGAAGAACAGCACAAACUCCACGAUGCUCUCAGUCAUAGAGACAAUAACGUCAGUGACGAUCAUCAACAACACAAUACCGUUAAACAAUGUGAACUUCACACUCACAUGUAAAGUUCUUGGGCUCUAUGAUGCAAUCUACUGGAUGAAAGAUGGCAUGAUCAUCAGCAGCAAUGCCUCCAACACCAACUCAUCCCUGUAUCGUGUUGUAAACAACAUGCUUCUCUUCAACCCUGUGACAGUUCAAAAUAAUGGGACCUAUCAGUGCGUYGCUAUCAAUAAGGCUGCUCAUCAUCCAAGCUCUGACUACAUUCUUCGUGUGAACUAUGGUCCUCUGAAURUUUACAUCGCUGGUCCAACAACAACAAAAGCAGCCACCUCGAGCUCAGGAAAUGUGUUUCUGACGUGCUCUGCUGAGUCGCACCCAGACUGCGUCUUCCGCUGGUACCUAAACAAAAAGUCUGUGCCUGUAGGGAACGGAGCAGUUCUCACUUUCUUAGCAGGAAAGCAGAAUGAGGGGAACUACAUAUGUGAGGCAACAAACCCUGUGACAAACCUCACAUUGACCCAAAAUAAAACUUAUUCUGUUGCUGGUGAUGCCUCCGCAACCGUUAUUGUUUCCAAGGGAGGUCUGAUGUUUGUGGGUCUGUGUGCUCUCUCGGCCCACUUGCUUUUUCUUUGAGUUCUUGCCAAGUCCAGCCG